AUGAUGAAGAGUUUUCUUCUAGCUGUGAAUAUUUUGGCAUUAACUUUGCCUUUUUUGGCUGCUCAAGUUCAACACCAGGAACCAGCAUGCCAUAAGAAUGAUGGAAGACUGUUUGAACAGAAGAAAGUCUUAUAUAUCCCUAUUCAUUAUGUGCUAAGAAACAAUCCCCUGCUUCAGCCUAAUUUCUACCAACGUAUCGUACCAAUUAACAGCCCAUACAUGCCUUUUCCAUAUUAUGCAGUUAACAACCUGCCUUACACAUAUUCCACAAAACAACUUCUACUUGGGCCACAUGUCCAAAUCGCCAAAUGGCAAGCUCUGCCAAACAUCUUUCAGCCUACAACAGAACACCAAACAUUCCAACAUGCAUCAUUCAUUGCCACUCCCCCACAGAAAAAUCAGGAUGAAAACACUGUCCUUCCUAUUGAUAAUACUGCUACUGUUGAGCCCACACAAGUUUCGGCUACUGAGGUGGCAGCACAUAUUGUAGAGAUUCCACAAGCUUCCUCAGAGUUGGACAACACUCCUGAGACUACUGUGGUCCCAGUUACUCCAACUGCAGCAUAA